AUGGCGGGCAGCGAAGACUCGUUCGUUGAAGAUAGCACUAAGAUAGAACAUGCUGGUGUUUAUAAGCAGCAGGGCAACGAUGAGUUGAAAGCUGGAAAAUAUGUGGAAGCGAUUGCGCGUUACGAGGAAGGUCUAAAGGCGUUGGAUGGUUGUGUGGACAAGCACAGCGCGGCGUUCAAUGAAUGCCAAGACUCGCUGAAUGGCAACCUAUGCUUGGCGGCAAUGAAGAAUGGACAGUGGUAUGUCGGAAUCCACAGUGCAAACAAGGUGUUGACUAACUCUGUGCGGAACCCGGCCUUGCACCAGAAGGUUCGGUACCGUAGGGGUGUGUGCCACCUGGGGGUGGGUAACUUUGACGAAGCAGAAACGGACCUGAACCAAGUUGUGCAGGCUGAUGCGACGAACACAGAGGCCAAGCGCCGGCUCCAGGAGUGCAAGGAAGAACGGGCGAAGGCGGCGAAGUUGGAGAAACAGCGGUUUGGCGGCAAGUUGUUUGGCGGGAAAGACAACUUGUAUGCAGACCGAGAGGCCGAACGUCUCGCGAAAGAGAAGAAGGAACGCGACGACUACGCCCAGGAUAUACUCAGCAAAGACAUUACUUUCGAACAGUGGCGCGAACGCCGGAGACAAGAAGCGAAAAAGGACCAAGAAGCUACAGCUUCUUCCGAAGGCUCUCCAAACAAGGGCAAAGAGUCGCCAGCCAAAACCAAAGAGUCGCCAAACAAGAGCAAAGAGUCGCCAACCAAGAAAGCUGCUGCACCCCCUAAGUCGCAGUCCGCCAAGGUUGCAGACGAGCUGGUGCUAGAUGAGGAGGACCUGAAGAUCAUUGAAGAAACGAAGAAGCGAGGCUACUGUUAUUUCCGCAAACAGCUAACAGAGGAAGAAAGGAAGUUAAAAGAUACUGUUCAUGUGCCCCAGAAAAUGGUAGAAGAACAGCAGCCGUCACCUAGCAAGAAGGGAGUGUCAGAUUGGAACGCGUCCGGAGCGACAUACGAGGAGAAGGAUACGACUAAGUGGUGCAUCUCCAUGCUCACUAACCAGCUAGAGAACUCUAAUUGUACCGCUUCAGGCUUGGCGAUUGAGAAUAUAAACGCCAAGGACAUGGCCGGAGACGCCCAAAUCAUGGUCGUCCGAGGACGGGUGAGGCACUUCUUCGACUUCAACCUCAAGCUCGAAUUUGACAUGCUCGACGGGGAAAAAACGAUCGGCCAUGCGGUCUGGACUAUUGACUCCAUGAGUUCUGAAAAUCUUGACGGAUUCUUGAACUUCAAGCAACUCAAAUGGCAGACCACUCCGCCCCUACAGUACGUGGACCGUCUACCCACUAUGCUGAACCACUUCAAGGACACACUCCGGGCCGGAGUGGACACAUUCUGCAAAUUAUAUGACGAGAAACACUAA